GGAUGAUCAGUCCUCUUAACCUUGUAUGCUAAUACACUACUUGGAUCGUAUAAAGUAUGAACGUUGAUUCACUCUAAACCGUUUGUGAACUAAAUAAGUUACUCACAAUGGCUAUGAUGCAGAAAGAGCCGCACGAGUUUGAGGACUCGGUGCGAGGCAGGCGUAUGGGUCGGUAUGUUCAGGUCUUGAGGGACCCGAACUUGGUUUUGAAGCAUAUUCCGGGAAAAGAUAAUCCGGUAGCAGAUGUGAUGUCCCGGUUAGGCUACCAUGUUGAUCCGAUUAUGCAAGUGGAGUCUCCGCUGAUAUAGAAGCGUGUGAGUUUUGCGGAUCCCUUGGUUACGGUACCAGACACGGAAGAGUACUCGUUGGCGCUCAGGUAUUUUGACAAAGCGCUGCAGUGAGUAGGCCCCUUUCAUGCUGAAGGGUUCGCGUUGCCGGACAAUAACUUG